AUGCGAACGUACGAACGACGGAGAUGCCAAUGUCAAUUUAUUGAGGUGAGUUUGUUUGUUGAUAUGAGUUUCACGCGUGCGCCUGUUAAACCUCUCUUAUCGCUUUUCGAUUUUUUUAUUUUUUCACUUCUUCUCUUUUCACUUUCUUUCCUUCUUCUCAUUUCGCUUUUUUUCCUCUCUUUACAUUGUUUUUCUUCUCUUUUCGAUUUCUUUCUUGCUUCUUCUCUUUUCGCUUUCUUCUUCCUUCUCUUUUCGCUUUCUUUCUUGCUUCUCUUUUCGCUUUCUUUCUUGCUUCUCUUUUCGCUUUCUUUCUUCCUUCUCUUUUCGCUUUCUUUCUUCCUUCUCUUUUCGCUUUCUUUCUUGCUUCUCUUUUCGCUUUCUUUCUUCCUUCUCUUUUCUUUCUUUCUUUUGCUUCCUUUUUUUUCUUUUUGCUUCUUUUCUUUUCUUCCUUCUUAUCUUUUAGCUUUCUUUCUUCCUUCUUAUCUUUUAGCUUUCUUUCUUCCUUCUCUUUUCGCUUUCUUUCUUGCUUCUCUUUUCGCUUUCUUUCUUCCUUCUUAUCUUUUAGCUUUCUUCUUCCUUCUCUUUUCGCUUUCUUUCUUGCUUCGUCUCUUUUCGCUUUCUUCUUCCUUUUCAUUCUGCUUUCUUUCUUUUUCACUUUUCAAUUUUUUGCCAUCACACUCACUCUCCCCCACACAUUCUCAAUAUAUUUUUCUCUCUCUUACACUUUUUUCACCGUCUCUCUUUACCUCUCUGUCUCGUUUGCACACACUCAAUCAUACACACACACUCUCUCUAACGAUGUUUCUCUCUUCCUCUCAGCCCAUCACCGACUUACCGCUUUCUCUCUCUUCCUUUCUUUUUCAAUCUUUAACAUUUUCAUAUCUGUCUCCAUCUGUUCAUAUCUAUCUUCUGAUAAUAUAUAACUACCUCCACCUGUUCAUAUCUCUUCACCUGUUCAUAUCGAUUUCCGUCUGUUCAUAUCUAUCCGCGCCUGAUCAUAUCUAUCUAUCUAUCUAUCUAUCUAUCUCCGUCUGUUCAUAUCUAUCCCCGUCUGUUCAUAUCUUUCUAUCUAUCUAUGUCUGUAUCUCGAAUCAACUACCUACAUUUCGAUCAUUCGAAAGAAAUAAAGAGAUACAUUUUCGUUGA